AUGCUCUACUCAGCGCCCCCGCCGACCUGGCCCGUCCCAAACCCUCCGGCCGCGCAGGAGCUGACACGCAACGUGCGCCGCGAGGUGGCCAAGCUGCGCCUGCUGCUGCAGCAGUACGCGGUGAUGUGCCCUGCGGCGCAGCUCUUCGCCUCAGACCAGGCCGGCCGCACCGCCAGGCGCGUCACGGCUUGGAUGCAGCCGCAGCCGGCGCGCGUGCAGCGGUUGCUGCCUGGUGUUGCUCGCACGCGCCGCGCCGUGUCGGUGGAUCUCGCUGCAGUGGGGUUGCAGACAACGCUGGUGUCAACCGGCAACGCCGGCCCCUCCCUAUCAGACCGCGUGUCCGCUGUGCUGGGGCCCAAAGUGGCCGCCCUGCUGGUGCCCCUGGAGGUGGAGGUGCCGGGCCACAGGGUCAAGAUCACGGGCAUGGUGUCCCGCGCGGGCGCCGGCGUCAAGGGCGAGAAGCUGCGCCAGUUCAUGGCCAUCAACGGGCGGCCCGUGGAGCUGCCGCGGGCGGUCAGGGCCCUCAACGACACCUACAAGUGA